GUGUAUGUGUGUGUGUGUUAACCUUUUUAUACGCAGAAUAUUACAAAAAACACAGAGCGCAGCAUUUUUGGUGUACAAGAAAAAGUGGUGCGCGAAACAGGAUUUCUUCGUUGUUCCGUAAGUGCUUCUUCUUCCACAUCCUCUGCAGCACAAGCCAAGUUGUGGCAAUCAGCUCCCCCAACUGCACUGUGGAACCAGCCUACGACAAGGUCGCGCUGCAUAGCUUAUCAACGGCAACAAGAAGAACUUUUCUGCCACUAAUCGUUGCACGCACGCUUCCAUUGAGGUGCGAGACGCUGGCACCCGGACGCUGUCCAUGCUGCAGAGCACCAAUCCGAAUUUUCGCUCUCUGGACUUGUCGCUGACGCCAACGGUGUCCGUAGCCGCCUCGUCGGGCAGUGUGCCGACGACGACAAGUGCGGAGGGUUCGCUGAGUGGCUCCACAAACCUGGCUGGCAUUGUCCAGGAUACAGAGGAUAGCUGCGAUACCAAAUUGCUGACAAGGACACGCGCCUACGCGUCCGUCAGCCAACCGCAGAGUCCGCGGCAUCGCGUGCGUGGCACACCCAACGGCCUGAACGGGCGCUCCACAUCGAUAUCAUCGCAGCUGGAAAAGACCAAAAAGCUGCUCAAGAUGACCGAGGGCGAGGACAAGCCGUUGACCAUUUUGCACUACAACGAUGUCUACAAUAUCGAAUCCAUGGCCGAAACGGAGCCAAUCGGCGGCGCUGCACGCUUUGCCACAGCCAUCAAGAGCUAUGCACAUCUGAAUCCACUUGUUCUCUUCAGCGGUGAUGCCUUCUCACCCAGCAUGUUGAGCACCUUUACGCAGGGCGAGCAAAUGGUACCUGUGCUCAAUCAAGUGGGCACACACUGCGCUGUCUUUGGCAAUCAUGACUUUGAUCACGGCUUGGAUGUGCUGGUCAAGCUGAUUAAGCAAACGGAUUUCCCCUGGCUAAUGUCGAAUGUGGUUGACAACGAAACUGGUCGCCCGCUGGGCGGUGGCAAAAUCUCCCAUUUUAUUCUACACAAUCAAAUCUCGAUUGGGCUGAUUGGGCUCGUGGAGCGUGAAUGGCUCGAGACGCUGCCCACCAUCGAUCCCACCGAAGUCACCUACAUCGACUAUGUGGAGGCUGGCAAUCGUCUUGCCCGGGAGCUGCGCAACGAGGGCUGCGAUCUGAUAAUUGCCCUCACGCACAUGCGCACGCCCAACGACAUCAAUCUGGCCGAGAAAUGCGAUGGCAUCGACAUAAUCCUUGGUGGACACGAUCAUGUGCGCGAGGUGACCGAAAUCAAUGGCAAAAUGAUUGUCAAAUCGGGCACGGAUUUCCAACAAUUCUCCGUCAUAACCAUCGAGCGACAGGCCAACAAUCGCGCUCUGUUCACCACGGAUGUACAGUGCAUGGAUGUGACGGCCAAAAUACCAGAGGAUCCCGUGCUUAAGCAGGAACUAUCCAAAUAUGCCAAAUUCAUUGAGAGCAAAUUAUCGGAUGUCAUGGGUAUAUUUGGCGUGGAGCUCGAUGGUCGCUUCUCGCGCGUGCGCACCCAGGAAACCAAUCUGGGCAAUUGGGUGUGCGAUGUCGUCUUGGCAGCGGUUGGCGCCGAUGUGGUUAUACUGAAUGGCGGCACCUUUCGCUCGGAUCGCAUACAUCCCGUUGGCCCGUUUACAAUGGGGGAUCUGGUCAAUGUAAUACCCAUGCGUGAUCCAUUGAUAUUGCUCGAGGUGACGGGCCGUGUGCUGUGGCAGGCUCUGGAGAAUGGGGUGUCCGCCUAUCCCAAGCUGGAGGGUCGUUUUCCCCAGGUGGCUGGCAUUAGUUUUGCCUUCGAUCCGCAAGCUGCGCCCUUCAAACGCAUUGAUCCCCAGCUGAUACUGGUGGGCGACGAGUAUCUAAAUCUGGAGCAGACCUACAAGCUGUGCGUCAAGAGCUACAUAUACAUGGGCUGCGAUGGCUAUACCAUGUUCAAGGAUGCCAAAGUGCUGAUGGAUGACGAUGCCUGUCCGGAGCUGGGCAUAACGCUGCAGAAUCAUUUCAAGGCCAUCAAUUCGCGCAAAUGUGGCCAGAACACAAAGCAUAGACAGUCGCUGGUUACGCUAUCGCGUCGGCAUAGCCUGGUGCAAUGUCUGGACAGUCUGGAUCUGGAUGGUCCAUCGCCCAUACGCAAGCUGUCGGUGGGUCAUCACAACAAGUCCCUGGAUCUGGCGCAUGGCAACUCACAGAAGAUGCUGCGUCGCGCUUCGCUGGAUGAUCUGGAGCAGUCCACAUGCGACUUGGCGCCGCAGCUGGAGCAUCGCAUUGUUAUGAUACAGAACGACGAGCAUCAUCGUCAGCUGGUGUUCAAGAAGGAGACGCACAUUAUGAACUCAACCAUAACCGAGGCGGAGGACGAUUACAAAGUUGAUACGAGUUGUAGGGCAAUUGCCGAUUCGGAAAGACAGAUAUGAGUUAAGAUAAUGCAGUUAGUUUAGUUAUGCAUCGAUGGGAAUCGUCUUGUUUAGAUAUAUACGAUACGAUGAUAUGUUAUUUAUUGCUGUUGUUAUUAUAAUUAUUAAUUUUCGCUUUAAGUUCCAACGAUUCAAGACUUCUCUCGGCAAAAGUAAAACCAACGCGAACUUGAUAUUGAUAUUUAUAUUGUAUGUACCUAAAGUUGAACAUAAGUUUAGACAAAUUGAUAAAUUAAGUUGAUGAAAAGAUGAAUGUUUUUAAUAUAUGUACCUAUUAUUUAUAUAUACUUAAUUUUUACAAGACAGCCUUAGGAUUAUUUAGAAAAAGAGAAACAAUUCGGGACUUGCAGACAUUCAGAAAACUCUUCUCAAGCCAGUUCAUGAACAAAGGUUGUAGCAAUAUUUUAAAUAUAUUAUAACUUUUAUGUUCCCGUUCCCAGUCAAAACUUAGCUAGGUGUGCAUGGGGCUCGGUCCAGGUAAUGAUGCGUGACAAAAGCAAGCAAUAUUUUAGAGAGCUAUGCAUGUGUAUAGAGUAUUGUAUGAGAGCGUAUAUAUUAUAUUUUUAUGGCAACUUUUGGAGCGCUGUAAUGCAACUGUUUGUAAACUGUUUGGAAAAUAAUGCAAUCAUUAACUAUAUAUACACGAACGCGAUUCUACAAGAUUUUUAAACAAGAUGAAGCAACAGAAAAAAAACGUAGAAUUCCUUACAAAAUAAUACUAUAAAUAAAACAUAGCAAAAGCAGUGGCAGAAUAUUUUGAACAAUUACAAAUGCAAUUGAAUUGCCAACAAAAAUAAAUAAUAUAUGAUAUACCAUA